AUGGCCCCACCGUCUCCCCCACAGGGCCUGGCCGUCUGGGGGCUUGGGAUGUUGCUGGCCUUGCCUGGGGUGCAGGGCUCGGGCAAGGCCGGGGCCGGGGCCAGCUCGACCACUGUAGUCCUGUUGCUGCUGCUGCUGCUGCUGCUGCUCACGAGCCUGGCGCUGGCCUGGCGCCGCCUGAGCCGGGACUCGAACGGCUACUACCACCCGGCCCGUCUGGGCGCUGCACUCUGGGGCCGCACCUGCCGCCUGCUCCGGGCCAGCCCCGCCGGCCACUGGCUAUGGGCCCAAGCCGAGCCGGACCCCGAGUCCCAGGAGGAGCAGCCUAACGCGGGAGAGGGCAGCUGGGAUGGCGCCGAGGAACCGGGGGCUGCAGAAGGACCUGGCCCGCAGCGCACCCAGGAGCUGACCGAAGACACUGACCGGGACCGGGACCACGACCGGGACGAGGACGAUCAAGAGCAGGAGGCCCUGGGCCUUGGUGUGCAGGGUCCGGCAGGCGCCGGGGGCAGCUCUGAGGCCCUGCUCAGUGGCCUACAGGCCUUUGCUGGCAGUGCAGCCUGGGACGACAGCGGGGCAGCGGAGGGGAACCAGGCCCUCCAUGUCACGGCGUUGUAG